CAUUCAUCUGACAUUAAGUGCUUUGUCUUUUUUUCAGUUGUCCUUAUUGGAGAUUCUGGUGUUGGAAAGAGUAAUCUCUUAUCUCGAUUUACUCGAAAUGAGUUUAAUCUCGAAAGUAAGAGCACCAUUGGAGUAGAGUUUGCAACCAGAAGCAUCCAGGUUGAUGGGAAAACAAUAAAGGCACAGAUAUGGGACACGGCAGGGCAGGAGCGAUACCGAGCUAUAACAUCAGCAUACUAUCGUGGAGCUGUAGGUGCCUUAUUGGUGUAUGACAUUGCUAAACAUCUCACAUAUGAAAAUGUAGAACGAUGGCUGAAAGAACUGAGAGAUCACGCUGAUAGUAACAUUGUUAUCAUGCUUGUGGGCAAUAAGAGUGAUUUGCGUCAUCUCAGGGCAGUUCCUACAGAUGAAGCAAGAGCUUUUGCAGAAAAGAAUGGUUUGUCAUUCAUUGAGACUUCCGCUCUAGACUCUACAAAUGUAGAAGCUGCUUUUCAGACAAUUCUGACAGGUAAGACUUGAAUUUUUAGAUUAUAC